AAGUUGACAAUGAUAACACAUAAAAGAAGAAGUAGGAACUAAAUGGCAUGAUUGAAGGGUCACAUUCUCUCCCAUGUUUUAUGUUGGAGAAACUUCCAAUAAGUCCAAACCUUCACUGUCUCUAAGUUAACAUUAUUAUCUGCUAUCAAAUACCAAUCCAUAAAUCUGACAAACCCUUUUAAAAAUCACCAAAAAUAAUUCAUGGUUUAUAACUAACCUAUAGUCUUAUUAUAUAUCCAAUCCUAUAUUUACAUUAACCAUAUCCUUUCAAACACUUCCUUAUCAAUAACAAGCGAUACAUAUCACUCUCUGUCAGUGUCGUGACAACUCCUUAGUCCCUACAACACCCUUUUCUUUCAGUAGAGUGCAAAUGGUGGAAAACUGAGACACUGAUCAAGCAGAAGAAGAACAACUACGAGAUGCAGCUGAAAACUCAGUUUUUCAUCUUCUGUUGCGUUUGCUGUUUCCCUUAUAGCUUUGCUUCUGCAGCAAAUAAUGAAGUAUCUGCUUUACUUUCUAUUAAAGCAGGUCUCAUUGAUCCAUUGAAUAGCCUAAAAGAUUGGAAGGUGUGGGACAAAGCAAUAGGGAAGAGUGCAUAUGCAGCUCAAGCUCAUUGUAAUUGGAAUGGUGUCAAGUGCAACUCAGCUGGAGCUGUUGAGAAGCUUGAUCUAUCACACAUGAAUCUAAGUGGAAGUGUCUCCAAUGAGAUACAAAAUCUAAAAAGUCUCACUUUUCUUAACUUGUGCUGCAAUGGAUUUGAGUCAUCACUGUCAAAUUCCAUAGCCAAUAUUUCAAUGCUAAAGAGUCUGGACGUGAGCCAGAAUUUCUUCAUUGGUGAAUUUCCAUUAGGCCUUGGAAAGGCGUCCGGACUCGUGACCUUGAAUGCAUCCAGCAACAACUUCUCAGGUUAUCUUCCUGAGGAACUUGGAAAUAUCUCUUCCUUGGAGACACUAGACUUUAGAGGAAGCUUCUUUGAAGGCUCUAUUCCGAAAUUCAUUGGUAACUUGAGUAAGUUGAAGUUCCUUGGUCUAUCAGGGAAUAAUCUCACUGGUAAGAUCCCGGUUGAGCUUGGAAAACUUUCUUCACUGGAGUCUAUGAUCAUUGGUUAUAACGAAUUUGAAGGUGGAAUUCCAAAAGAGUUUGGAAAUUUAACCAAGUUGAAGUAUCUUGAUUUAGCAGAAGCCAACCUUGGUGGUGAAAUUCCUGAUGAGUUGGGAAAGCUCAAGCGUUUGAACACAGUUUUCUUAUACAAGAACAGUUUUGAAGGAAAGAUUCCAACAACUAUUGGAAACAUAACUUCCUUGGUUCUGCUGGAUCUCUCAGACAACAUGUUAUCAGGAAAUAUUCCAGCUGAAAUAAGUCAGCUGAAGAAUUUGCAGCUUCUGAACUUCAUGAGGAACAAGUUAUCUGGUCCUGUGCCUUCUGGCCUUGGAGAUUUGCCUCAACUAAAGGUACUUGAGCUAUGGAAUAAUUCCUUGUCAGGGUCAUUGCCUAGUAACCUCGGCAAGAACUCGUCGUUGCAGUGGUUGGAUGUAUCAUCCAAUUCACUCUUCGGCGAGAUUCCAGAAACUCUUUGCACUAAGGGAAAUCUCACCAAGCUUAUACUUUUCAACAAUGCCUUCAAGGGUCCAAUUCCAGCAAGCCUAUCGAAAUGUCCUUCGCUUGUUCGCGUUCGGAUUCAAAAUAAUUUUCUUUCUGGUACAAUUCCUGUUGGUUUUGGUAAGCUUGAGAAGCUUCAGAGGCUAGAAUUGGCUAACAAUAGUCUCACUGGUGGAAUUCCUGAUGACAUUGCUUCUUCCACUUCUCUUUCAUUCAUUGAUUUCUCAAGAAACAACCUUCAUUCUUCUCUUCCUUCCACCAUUAUUUCCAUUCUGAAUCUGCAAACAUUCAUAGUCUCAAACAACAAUUUGGAAGGUGAUAUACCAGACCAAUUCCAGGAUUGUCCCUCGCUCGGAGUCCUCGAUCUCUCAUCAAACUUUUUCUCCGGAAUCAUUCCAAAAAGCAUUGCUUCAUGUCAGAAAUUGGUAAAAUUGAGCCUGCAGAACAACCGAUUGACAGGUAUCAUCCCAAAAGCAAUAGCAGCCAUGCCUACAUUGGCCAUUCUUGAUCUUGCUAAUAACUCUCUAACAGGUAAAAUACCUGAUAGCUUCGGUAUGUCUCCGGCUCUAGAAACAUUCAAUGUCUCAUACAACAAGCUAGAAGGUCCUGUCCCGGAAAAUGGCAUGCUAAGAGCAAUAAAUCCAAAUGAUCUUGUAGGAAAUGCUGGCCUAUGUGGUGGUGUCUUCCCUCCAUGUGAAAAAACCUCAGCAUAUUCUUCAUUGAGGCGUGGAAGCUCACACAUAAAGCAUGUUAUUGUAGGAUGGAUCAUUGGAAUAUCAUUUAUCUUGGCCAUUGGAGUUUCUACUUUGGUAGCAAGAUCUAUAUACAUGAAAUGGUACACUGAAGGAUUGUGCUUCCGAGGAAGAUUUUAUAGAGGUAGCAAAGCCUGGCCUUGGAGAUUGAUGGCAUUUCAAAGACUCGAUUUUACAAGCACUGAUAUCUUAUCCUGCAUCAAGGAAACAAACGUUAUCGGCAUGGGAGCAACUGGUGUUGUUUAUAAGGCUGAGAUACCACAAUCAAGUACAGCUGUGGCAGUCAAAAAAUUGUGGAGAUCAGGAUCUGAUAUCGAAACGGGAAGUAGCGAUGAUCUUAUCGGAGAGGUGAAUCUUUUAGGGAGACUAAGGCAUAGAAACAUUGUUAGACUACUAGGAUUUCUUUAUAAUGACACUGAUGUUAUGAUAAUUUAUGAGUUUAUGCUCAAUGGAAAUCUUGGACAUGCCUUGCAUGGUAAGCAAUCGGAGAGAUUGCUUGUAGAUUGGGUUUCGCGAUAUAAUAUUGCUCUAGGAGUUGCACAUGGACUUGCUUAUCUUCAUCAUGACUGUCAUCCACCUGUUAUUCAUCGAGACAUCAAGUCGAAUAAUAUACUGCUUGACGCAAAUCUCGAGGCAAGGAUAGCAGAUUUCGGAUUAGCCAAGAUGAUGAUCCGGAAGAAUGAAACAGUCUCCAUGAUUGCUGGAUCAUAUGGAUACAUUGCCCCUGAAUAUGGAUACUCAUUGAAGGUAGAUGAAAAGAUUGACAUUUACAGCUUUGGAAUAGUCCUGUUGGAGCUCAUAACAGGAAAACGGCCAUUAGAUUCAGAGUUUGGAGAAUCUAUAGACAUUGUAGGGUGGAUUAGAAGGAAGAUAGACAAAAAUUCUCCAGAAGAGGCAUUAGAUCCUAGUGUAGGAAACUGCAAGCUUGUUCAAGAAGAGAUGCUUUUAGUUCUCAGAAUAGCACUUCUUUGCACUGCCAAACUACCUAAGGACAGACCCUCCAUGAGAGAUGUUAUUAUGAUGCUAGGAGAGGCAAAGCCAAGGAGGAAAAGUGGUAGAAAAAAUGAAACAGUAUCUGCUAACAAAGAGAUGACAGUAGUUGGUACAUCACCAGUUAAUGGCCUUCUUUAGGAACCAAAAAUUGAGUUCUUCCAUUUUACUUAGAGCUGUAAUUUUGUUAAUUUCUUGUAAUUUUGUAAUCAAUUUUGUGACUUACAUUUGCUCUUAAAAUAUGUAUAUCAAGAUGGAUUAAUUUAUAUGCAAAUAAUUUUUUAAGUGUACCA